AUGGUCUGUAAGAAGUUUAAAGACAAUAUGAUGAAGUUUCAUUUUAAUCCAAUUCCACUAAACAAAAAAAAUAUAAGUUAUUUUCUAAAUAUAGAAACACUUCAUUUGUGGUCUAGAGAAGAUGAAAAUUUUGGAAAUGUUAUUAAAGAUCAUGAUGAUUUAGGUCUAAUACAUGUUUUUAAAUCUUUAUUUUGUAAAAAGAAACUAUUCAGAGUAGUUGUGUGGUUUAAUGUCGACUGUCAAACAGUUUCCAUGAACAACAAAAAUUUUGUAUUCAAAAACGUGACAUUUACUGAAAAUGAUUUAGAACUGUUUGGUGAAAUACCAAAGUCAAUUAAUAUCACAUCCAUUGGAGAUUACUGUUAUCGUGGGGCAACCAAUUUAACCACUUUUCAUAUACCAAGUGGUGUAAUAUCAAUAGAAGAUUAUUGUUUUACAGGGUGUUAUAAUUUGAAACAAGUAAUUAUUCCAAACACAGUUCAAGUGAUUAAAAAAGGUUGUUUUGAUAUGUGUUCAAGUUUAACCAAAAUCGUUUUACCUCAAAACAUUACAACACUUCCCGAGUGUUGUUUCAAUCAUUGUAGGUCUUUAACAAGUUUUGAAAUACCAAGUCAAGUGAUUUCCAUUGAAAGUAUGUGUUUUGAAAAUUGCACCAAUUUAAGAGAAGUGUCACUACCAGAAAGUGUCACUAAAAUUGGCGAUCGCUGUUUCAAACAAUGUUUCAAAUUAAACGAAAUUGUAAUACCACACUUUGUUAAAGAAGUUGGUUGGAUGUGUUUUGACGCUUCUUUGAGUAAAAUAACAACACCUCCUCUGUUUACAAUCUUUAAAUAUAUGGACGAUUCUGAAAGAGUUACUGGGUAUAGAGUUAUAUGGGGAGUCAAUGAAUUGUUUCAAAUUUAUCUUUAUUCGACUGUCAAAGUAAUCAAUAACAUAAAAUUUAAUUGCAUCUCAGAAUUAAUUGGUAUAAAAGUGCCAGAACAUAUCACCGCACUUCAUGAUUAUUGUUUUUAUGGUUGCAAUAAAUUGACGGGAAUAACAAUACCAUCGAGUGUAAAGUCGAUUGGCAACAGCUGUUUUAGUUCCUGUAUAAAAUUGGAAGACGUUGUUAUACCAGAAAGUGUAAAGUCGAUUAGCAACGGCUGUUUUAGUUCCUGUACAAGAUUGGAAGACGUUGUUAUACCAGAAAGUGUCACAUCGAUUGGAAUGUUUUGUUUUAGUUCCUGUAAUAUUAGUUCUAUCAAUUUGCCAUUAAAUAUUACAACACUUGAAAAUUACUGUUUCCAAUAUUGUUGUAAGUUGAGCGACAUUACUAUUCCGCAAAAUGUGGUGUCUAUUGGAGAAAACUGUUUUGAAGGAUGUGAAAAUUUAAGUCACAUUGAAAUACCAAAAAGUGUUUCUGAAAUAGGAAGAAGUUGUUUUUACAGAUGUUAUAAAUUGGACUUUAAUGAUAUUCCUGUUCAUUUAAGAUCUGAAAAAAUAUUUACUCUUCUGACUACAUCAAAAUAG